AUGUCGACUCAACAGCAGCAAGACGCGGAAAUGUGUCAACCCAUAGAGACCGCCUGUCAGAGCGGUCUUCAGAAGUUGCCUUUGGAGCUAGUCUAUCACAUCAUCCGCCUCGCCGCAUCCACGGACUCCAAGACCGCUCACGCUUGCGCUUACGUCUCCAAAGAGGUGUGCGGCUGGACCGCACCGGAUCGAUGGAAGACCGUCAUCUGUACAAGUGUCCGCCAGCUCCAAGUCCUGCAUUCCAUCUUACUGAGUCACGAAAUCCAGGGAAGACGGUUGCUGACACUGCCUUCUCGGGCCCCUGGCCAUUUCGUCGAACAUCUCUUCAUCGAUACCCAGGGAUCUCGAUGCGACGUUUUCGAGCACACUUUGCAGCCUGGUCAGGAUGCGAAUGGUGCACAAAUGGGCACGGCGCCUCACGGAGCUGACUCACCUCAGCAACUUCCAUCCCCCAUCAGGGAAAACAUGGUUUUCCAAGUCCUGGGAAGCUGCCUUCACGCCAACUACGUGGCUUUAGGGCCAGAUGAGCUAUACAAUCUGAAAACUGCCUGUCCCUAUAUACCCGCCAAAAAGAAAAUGAUCACCUCUGAUGACGAAGACCCGGGACAUUGCCUCGAAUCCCUCGAAGGACUGCAGGCACUUCAUGUGAUAUCUGUUAAUCGAGAUAGCGAAGUCACAGGCGCUCCCAUGCCGAUUAGAGAGCUGGAAGCACUACGUAGUGGAAGCGUUGCUGAAACCGGCCUUAUGCGCACAACGGCUGUAUCACGCUUCUUGCCUCCCACAGCCGGCCAAGACGACCGCCGUGACAUGGCCAACAGAGCAACCAUCCGUGCCAGUUUGGAGGAGUAUGAAAGGCAGAACGAGAGAAACCAAGCUCUGGCCGAUCCGGGCAUUGUUCGAGCCGAGCAGGAUCCCUUCCGGAAUCCGUACGGUCAAAUUACAACACAACAGCAGGAGCUGUCUCACGGACGAGUCGGCGCAGAAGGUCUCGAUGAAUUGGAGCAUCUCACCAAUGUAGUUGCUUCGCAUAUCAACAAUCCGGAUCCAGAAACACCCUCGGGUAUAAAGUCUGACUUCAAGCCUACAGGCAUGCCGCUUUCGGCCGAUGAACAGCUCGCACUGGAAUUCGUUCCGCCGAAGGAUCGACUCCGUCUUGGCGGGAUGUACGUUCCAUACACCAAAGAGCAACGUCUCAAGUGGUUCCUGGACAAUCUAUACACUGAUGAAGCCUAA